AUGUUGUUCAGAUCCCCUCCGACCAUCACAUCAAGACCUGUGCCUUACACUUUGUACCACGCAACUCUCGUACAUACGCCCAAGUUGGGUGAAAUCGAGGUGUUGGUGGAUUAUCUUGUUGGUGUCAACGAGAAAGGCAUCAUCGACUUCCUUCGGCCAUACAAAGACGGCUCGGCAUCUCCAACAGAGUUCUUCAAGAGUGAAGCUUCAAAGGAUAACAUCUCUGUCGACUACAACCACUUUCGCUUUGUAGAUCUCCUGAGACUCCCAUGUCUGUUUCUUGUUCCAGGAUUUAUCGACACCCACAUUCAUGCAUCACAAUACCCUAACGUAGGUAUCGGCUCCGAGUUGCCCUUGCUUGAUUGGCUCAAGGACUACACUUUUGCAUUGGAAAACAAAUUCACAAGCAACUCCAAAGAUAAGCUUGCAUUCGCAAAGGAGGUGUACCAGAAGGUCAUUUCCAAGACGUUGGCCAAUGGUACCACUUGUGCAUCGUAUUUCACCACCAUCGAUGCUGAAACUACUAACUUAUUUGCUGAUUUGCUCGUCAAGAACGGACAGCGUGGUUUUGUUGGAAAAGUAUGCAUGGAUUGCAACCCAGCUUUCCCUGUUUAUGAAGAGCUGUACGAUGAGUGCAUUAAGUCCAUGGACUCGGUGAUUCGUCACUGUAACGGCUUGAACUCGAAGUGCACUGGUGAAAAUGACACCAUGAUGGUCAAGCCCAUCGUCACUCCUCGUUUUGCACCAGUUUGCACCAGCAAGCUCUUGAAAAAGUUGGGUGCCAUGGCCAAGAAACACCACUUACCAGUUCAGACACACAUCUCCGAGAACAAGGAUGAGGUCGAGUUGGUCAAUGACAUGUUCCCCGACUCCGACAACUACGCUUCCGUGUAUAAUGACCACGACCUUUUGGGCCCCAGCACAAUUCUCGCACAUGCCAUCCAUUUGGACAAAGAAGAGUGCCAGAUCAUCAGGGAGAAGAACUGCUCCAUCAGUCAUUGUCCGCUGUCCAACACAUUUAUCACCAGCGGAGAGGCUCCCGUGAAGAAAUACUUGUACGAGGAGAAGCUCAAUGUGUCCUUGGGCACAGAUAUCUCUGGUGGGUACGAACAGUCUAUCUUGGGAGUGGCCCGUAGCUCCAUUAUGGUGAGCCAUCACUUGGCCAUGGACACCAAGGACUACGAUCCUAGAGUGACGGUGGCAGAUGCAUUGUACAUGGCUACCGCUGGAGGAGCCCGUGCUUGCAGAUUAGAAGAAGAGGUGGGUACUUUUGCUGUGGGAAAGAAAUUUGACGUGCAGCUUAUUGAUUUGGACUCGCAUGGUUCCAAUGUGGAUAUGUUUGAGUUCCAGAAACCUUCAAAGUCUGUGCAUGGCGACCAAGACCCUGAGCAUGAGAGAAAGGUGCUCCAGAUGAUCCAUAGGUGGGUAUUUUCUGGUGACGACCGCAACUGUGUGAAGGUUUGGUGCAAUGGACGGGUUGUUGUGGAUAAGGUUGACCACAAGUGGGUUUAUGUAGAUUCUAUGGAGUAA